AUGUUUCGUGCAGUAUUCCUUCUCACUCUCCUGGCUUGUGCCUUAGCCGACUCUGAUAACGGAUGUUAUGGAGGUGACUGUUACACUACUUAUGGGGGAUGCACUGGCCAUGGUUGCAAUUACGGAAUCACCCAUCGUGGAAUCGGAGGCGUAAGCAGUACUAUGAUUUCAACAGGUGGUGGUCCUGGAAGCUUUUUAUUCGGAUUUGGAGGACCAACAUCUGCCGCAUCUGGAUCAGCAGCGGCUGGACCAGGUGGGGCUGCCUCAGCAAGUUCUUUCGCUGCCGGUGGAAUUUUCGGUGGAUCUGCUGCAUCUUCUGCUGCUGCCACCGGAGGAAACGGUUUCUUUUCUGGAGCCCCGAACUAUUUUGGCGACGAUUUCGGUAUCAAUGGAUUUCAAAGCUUCCAAAACUUCGGAAGCGGAGGUAGUGCCACAGCUAGUGCUGCAGCUGCUGGUGGAUCAGCUGCUGCAGCUGCUUCCGCGGCAGCUGGUAACGCAGCAGCAGCCGCUGCAGCUGGUAGAGCAGCCUCUGCAGCUUCUGCAACCUCA